AGCUGACAAGGAGGAAGCUUCAGGGGAGAGCUUAUCUUAUGUGUGAGAGUGCCUAAGUGAUCCCGUAGGGUGUACAGUGCAGGUGCUGCCAGCCGUAACAAAACACUGUUUUUCCCAGUGUUCUUGAGAUAAGGCUGUGCCCUCUCCUAUAAAAGCAGCCAUGAGCAGAGAGAGGUGCAUAAGCAGGUCUGCCUGAAUUGACCAUGGCUGGGAGAGAGCUGCUGCUGCUGCUGGUGACUCUUGUUGCUGCCGGAGGGGCAGAGCUGGAUGAAGGCAGUGGCGUGAGAAGGCCGGUGUGUCAAGACCUGGCGCACCUGCAGGCCUGCCCCCUCCUGUACUUGCCCAUCUGUGGGACCGAUGGGAAUACCUAUGCCAAUGAAUGCCAGCUCUGUGUGGAAAAAAUGAAAACCAGGCAAGACAUCCGGAUUUUGAAAGAUGGGGAGUGCCAAGAUGCCUGAGCUUUCUGAUAGCUUUUCUGAGCCUAAAAACAGGUGAUUAAUUGAUCCUGUGUGCUGUGUGCCAAUUGCACACUUAAGCUAGCUGUGGUGAAUAAUAAAAUGACAUGCACAA